AUAACAUCAUGGAACUUUGACCUCUAUAUACAGAACUCAGAAGGGCAAGACUGCAGGGUGGGAGAUGCAACAAUGGUCUUGAGAACAGCAGGAAGUGUGUUGGGGGUCUUUCUCUGGUCUGUGACAGUGGUACUGGGUCAGGAUGGCUGGAGUGUUACUUACACCACUGAGAGUAUCUGUACCUGGAAGGGGUCAACAGUGGAUCUGUUCUGCUCUUACACAUAUCCCAGUGGUCAUAAAGUCACAACAACCUUCUGGUUCACUGAAUGGGGGACUGGUGUAGAACCUGAAGAUCUAGGUCAGAACCCAGAGUACGCAGGUCGUCUGGAGUAUCAUGGGGAUAAGAAGAAUGACUGCAACCUGAAAAUCAGGGACCUGAGAGAGAGAGACUCAGCUGAGUACAAAUUCAGAUUACUAACAGAUCAGGAAGGAGGGAAAUAUUCUGGAAGUCCUGGAGUCACUCUGUCUGUCACAGGUCUUCAGGUGAAGGUGACUGGUGGACAUCAGGAUAAGACACUGACCUGUAGCACCACCUGUACUCUGACUGACAACCCCACCUACAUCUGGUACAAGAACGGACAACAUCUAGAUGAGAGCACCUCCCCCCAGUACAAAGACCCAGUCUCCAGUAACUAUGAAGACAGCUACUCCUGUGCUGUAAAAGGCCAUGAGGAUCUCCUCUCUCCUGCAGUGUGUGUCCAGGGUCAGGACUGCAACAGAGUGACUUACACCAAGAGGACAAUCUGUGCCUUGAAGGGGUCAACAGUGGACAUAUCCUGUACUUAUUUCAGUCUUUAUAAUAUCACAUCAUCACUCUGGUUUAGUCCUAAACAGAGAUCUAGGUGGAGGGAUGAGUUGAUCCCUGAGGACCUAACCACAAACCCAGGGUAUGCAGGUCGUGUGGAGUAUGUUGGAGAGAAGGAGAGAGGUCACUCCACCCUGAGAAUCACAUAUCUGAGAGAGGAGGACUCUGCUGAGUACAAGUUCAUAUUCAACACACAGACAUCAAGAUGGGGACACAGUUUCCCUGGAACAACUCUGACUGUCACAGGUUCUCAGGUGGAGGUGACUCCUAAAUGGAGAUCAGAGUCGAAGACACUGACCUGUAGCACCACCUGUACUCUGACUGACAACCCCACCUACAUCUGGUACAAGAACGGACAACAUCUAGAUGAGAGCACCUCCCCCCAGUACAAAGACCCAGUCUCCAGUAACUAUGAAGACAGUUACUCCUGUGCUGUAAAAGGCCAUGAGGAUCUCCACUCUCCUGCAGUGUGUGUCCAGGGUCAGAACUGCAACAGAGUGACUUACACCAAGAGGAGAAUCUGUGUCUUGAAGGGGUCAACAGUGGACAUAUCCUGUACUGUUGGUUAUUAUUCCACCACAUCAUCAUCCUGGUUUAGAAGUGAUAAGUCGACACUUGAAGACCUAACCACUGACCCAGGGUAUGCAGGUCGUGUGGAAUACACUGGAACAUACAGAGGUCCCUCCUCCCUGAGAAUCACAGAUCUGAGAGAGGAGGACUCAGCUGAGUAUCGCUUCACUUUUAAAACAGACAACUUUGAAUGGGGUCAUAGUUUCCCAGGAACAACUCUGUCUGUCACAGGUCUGCAGGUGAAGGUGACUCCUGCUGCAGAGGGACAGAAGACACUGACCUGUAUCACCACCUGUACUCUGACUGACAACCCCACCUACAUCUGGUACAAGAACGGACAACGUCUAGAUGAGUCCACUUCCCAACAAUACUCUAGUAAUACCCUAGUAGUGUUGGGUUAUUCUGUGGACAGUUACUCCUGUGCUGUAGAACACCAUGAGGACCUCCACUCUCCUGCAGUGUAUGGUCCAAGGAACACCUCAGUGUCAGUCAGUCCCUCUGGUGAAAUAGUGGAGGGCAGUUCAGUGACUCUGACCUGCAGCAGUGAUGCCAACCCACCUGUGGACAAAUACACCUGGUACAAGAAGACCGUAACCUCACCAAAAGCAUCAGGACAGAGUUACAGCAUCACUAACAUCAUCUCUGAGGACAGAGGAGAAUAUUACUGUGAGGCUGAGAAUAAAUAUGGACGUCUCAACUCUUCUUCUGUGUUUGUGGACGUUCAGUAUACUACAGCAUUGUUUCACUGGGUUCCUAUGACAUAG